CAUCGGCAAUAACCAUCGAACGCGCGAGCGGCGGAGAUACGAAGAACCUUUACGCGAGUAAGGUAAGCGGUGUCGCUUUCGUUCGAACAACGAAAUUACUACAUAUUUGGACGAAGAACGGCUCUGGAGGCGUAGACUAAAUAUACGGCUUCGGCGUAUCGUUAUUCGUGGCAACCAGCUGGAAAUCGCGGUGCACGUUGCGCAACACCGUUCGUUAAUAAAACCGUGAGAGAAGGAGAAAAAAAAAGUUACGCACGAAAAGAAAGAAAAAUACAGAAAAGCAGGGGCAUGGAAGUAUCGCGUGCAUUAAAUCGGCUGGAGACGACGCGACGCGAUUCGAGACGAGAUGGAAAGAGCGAUUAUCAGGCAGAGAUCACGGUAUCGCGUCGGUUUUGACUGAUCAUUAACGACGAUCACGCAUCGGAGGACAGGCAACAGUUUCGCGAGUUAAUUGCCUAUGAAACGCUAAAAAUAAGAAAGUAAGAGAGACACUCUGCACGUGCACAGAUCGUGGAACGUGGAACGCGGAACGUGAAACGGCGGGAAUCGAGAACGUGCGCUCAUCGAUAUCUCGACCAACCCAGAGACAGUCUGUUGUUUCACCUCUCGAGGCUCGAGGUCGUUUCGAACACGCUAUUGGUCGACGGCGUCGCUAUCCUCUCCGCGUCGCAUCGCGUCACGUCGCGUCGCGCCGCGUCAUCGUGACUUUGCUCCGUUUCCGACGCGCCGAUAGGUGUUUGCGCGGGAUUACCCUCGAACGCAUCGAACGCGUGUUCGUUUCAAUUUCAUCCGGCUAUAGAGCCUCACGCUAUACAUAUAUCUACGAUAGUUUCGAUCCUUAUCGCGAUCGAUCGUGAAGAGAAUCGAAGAAAAAAAAAAGUUGCGACCGCAGCCUAGACGCGAACAACGCUGCUGCGGUUCGAUUUUUUCGCGCAAUGAUCGCCGCUUUUGCGCGUUCGCGUUCGAAAAAUUGUAAUCGCGAUCGAACACGGGACAGAGAAGAGACGAAAAUAAAAAACGAGGGGAGAAAGGGGAGGGUCCGAGAAGAGAAGGUAGAAUCGACUCGGAGAGACAGGGGUUUACUCGUAAAGAGAAGGAAGAAUUGGCGGCUCGCAAGACGCUUCGAGAGUCGCGUUCGGAUUAAUCCGUCGCGGACAUAAGACGUAAUGGUACCGAGCUGCUCAAUUACGCUCGGAUUAACGGUGCACGAGGGGUUCCCCUUCCCCCGGACCACUUAUCUCCUCGAGAAUCCAUACUCUCAGUGUCCCUUGCACGCUCUCCACCUCGUGCGCGAUCUACCAGGGCCUUUGAAACGCUAUAUAAAGUGACAAACUUGCACGGUGACACUGUAUCGGCGUUAAUACGGCACCUCGAUCCAGUCCGGUUGGGUAAUCACUGCCGGAUUUUUUAUCGGACCGAAAAACGAUACGUUACGAUAGGAUCGUUCGAGCGGCGAUCGCGAUCGAUCUCCGCGUUCCCGGUUUCGCAGCGACGCGCCGCGCUGCCAGCAUUUUCUCGUUCGCGCGCACCAGUUUCUUCGCUCGUUCGUGCUCGCGUAUCGAGAUCGAACGCCUACUCUUUUUCUCCUUUUCCGCUCUUGCUCCGUAUUUUCACGUGCGCGCUCGUACACGCGCGCACGUGCACGCUUCCUCCCGCUUCGUCUCGACGCGGCUCGCGCGCCGUUUCCUUCCGUUCGGCCGUGAACGGUCCCGGUAUCCGAGUUCCGAAAUCGCAUGAUUUUCUACGGCCGGAAGAAGACUCUUCUCCCGUCCACGUACCGUGCACCCACUCGUCUGUCAACUAGGCUCUCGGCUCUGUCCCGUCCCCCUGCGAUCAACAUGAAACAACGAACGCUACUGGUUUGCGCUCUACUGCCGCUUUUCGCUCUCUCCGAUGCUCUGCCACGGGAUUCGAACGAUUACGAAGGGAUGUCCUUUUGGCUGAAAUCGGGACAAGAGAACCUCCGGAGAAAUCUAGCUUACAGGAACAACGAAAAUCGUGCGAAGAACAUCAUCGUAUUCAUCGGGGAUGGCAUGGGAAUAUCGACCAUCACCGCCGGUCGUAUAUUCAAAGGCCAAACGAAGGGCACCACCGGCGAAGAAUACAAAUUGGCUUUCGAAAAGUUCCCCAACACCGGAUUCGCCAAGACCUACAACACCGACAAACAAGUGCCCGAUUCCGCCGGAACGGCCACCGCCAUAUUUUCCGGCGUCAAAUGCCGUUACAGAGUACUCGGUUUGGACACCAAAGCGUCCUACAAUCAUUGCGACCAACAAAUCGAUCGGGAGAGUAAACUCAGCACGGUCGCGGAUUGGGCGCAACAGAGCGGCAUGAGUACCGGAUUCGUAACUACCACUCGAAUCACGCACGCAACACCGGCCGGAUUGUACGCUCACACCAAUAAUCGUGACUGGGAGUGCGAUACCUCGAUACCGGAACGAUACAAAAAUUGCGUCAAGGACAUUGCCAGACAGCUUGUCGAGGAUGCACCCGGAAAGAAAUUUCAGGUGAUGAUGGGUGGUGGAGCGCAACACUUGGGUUUGUCGAUAGAACCAGACGAUCCCGAUACCUGUGUCAGAGGAGACGGACAAAACCUGGCCGAGAUAUGGGCGAAAAACAAUCCCGAAGGAAAUCUCGUAACGAACACCGAGCAACUGAUGUCGAUCGAUGUCGCGAACACGAGCAAGAUUCUCGGAAUAUUCGCUGCCAGUCAUCUUCCGUAUCACGCGGUCAAGCCGGCUCAAGUUCCGAGUCUAGCUAAUAUGACCACGCAGGCCGUUAGGUUGCUCCGGAAAAACGAAAACGGUUUCUUCUUGAUGGUCGAGAGUGGGAAAAUAGACAUCGCCCACCAUCACAAUUACGCGAAGCUAGCGUUACGAGAAGUGUCGGAACUGGAGGAAGCGGUGUUGGCCGCGUUGCAACAAGUGAAUCUGGAAGAAACUCUGAUGAUCGUAACGGCCGAUCAUUCGCAUUCUUUCACUAUGAACGGUUAUCCGAAAAGAGGAAACGACAUUCUAGGUUUCGCCAACGAUCCGACUAACGCGGACAUUCGAGCCUACGAAACGCUCAGUUACGCCAACGGUCCAGGCUUUUACCACCACAGACGAAACGACAGCGCGAACGUCAACGAAACGUGGAUACCGGUCGAUCAGGAUCCGACGCGCGACGAACCCUUUUACACGCAAAUGGCUGGCAUGUAUCUCAAGGACGAAACGCACGGUGGCGAAGACGUCGGUGUAUACGCGAUAGGUCCGUAUUCUCACCUGAUUCGCGGUACCUUCGAACAAAACUACAUCGCUCACGUGAUAGCGUACGCAGCGUGCUUCAAAGACUGGCCUUCCCACUGUGAUAACACGUACAAUCGUCGUUACUUUUACGAACUAGCCAAUUCGGUGGACCGAAUCGAGGCGUCGUAUUUUCUAUCGCUUUUAACGUCCGCGCUUCUUUUCAUCGUCGCUAGAAACUAAUCGCGCGCCUACGGGAUUAGUUCCUUUGAAACGUCCGCGAUACACUGUUCGAACGGCGAUUCUUUGGCCGGGUAUCUGCCAUUCGCUCCAUCUUCUAUUCCCGUCCUUUUUACGACCGUGAUAACGUUUCGUCUACGCGUACCCUAUCCUUUCCGUUUCCUUUUCACCGUAAAUUAUUUUUCGCGCAGCCUUUCAAAGCGUGGACCAGCUUUGCCCGUGCGUACACCCGCGUUUGCCGUCCAACGAGUACAGCCGUUCGAACGCGCGCGCCUUCCUUCUACGCGUAUAAGCGACUACGUACAUACCUGUUGCAUACAUACACGAACGCGCUGCAUGGCAACUGCGCGUUCCGAUCGCGCCAACCACGAACACUGGCCAACAUAAAAUAAAGAUCGAUUGAACGACGUCUUCGAUUUUAUUCGCGUAAGCCGCGAAAAAUAUUCACUCGCAAACGUUCGGCCGCAUCGCAGUCUGCGCGUUCGACUUUUUUCGAUAGAAACAAGAUUCGAUCGAUCGCUGGUAUCUUGUACGCCAUAGUAAACGUAACACGUAACGCCGCGCAUCUUCGAAUCGUUCUAUUCUAAAUAGAGUUCGACGAGCUGUCCGUUCAUCUGUCCCCGUCUGUUUCGAAGCGCGGUGGAACGACAGCGACGCGAAUACCUUCGAAAUGAAACGACGUGUAAUAGAGUAACGAUUUUUAUUCUCCGAUACAUGUGAUCGACAAGAUUUCCGGAUACUAAUAAUUUGCCUUCGGAUCGAAUGGUUUACGCGGAAGGACUACGUAUAUUGUAAUACUGGCACACAC